CCACGCGCCGUGUACCCCCACCGGUCCACUAGAGGCUGUCCCCCUCGUUCUCCGUCGCCGAGCUCGAGAGGACAGCGUUUCGAAGCCGUGGAGUCUGGAGACGAAUCUCCUACCACCCAGCACCCCGUGCUCCCAGCCAAGCAUCCGUGCUCCCGCAACCUUCCUCCCCUUCCCCAUCUCGCCCGCGGCCGCCGCGACUCAUCUCCACCGAAUAUUCAGCUCGGCUGCCCACCGCGCCAAGCCGCUAUAAAACCAAACCAAACCACCCGCGCGCCAUGUUACCCGUUUCCGUUAGAGGUUAGACCCCCCAUGAGAUACUUCGGACUCCCCGUGGCGCCCGAGUCGUGCGGCUACUGAUACUGAUAGAAAGUCAAAUCCGCGCAUAAAUUUUUAUGGGCGGAUCACCCGACGCUGCAGCCCAGGACGCGAGCGACGACGCCCGGGUCGUGGUGGUGGUUGCGGGAUCCCCCGUCGAGUCCACCUCCGAUCCUGUUCCUCCUCCGGCUGCGGCAUCAGCGGCGGCGAUUCCGGCGGCGGAGGGAAAGCGGGAGUCACCGGCGGCGGCGGCGGAGGCUAAGCAGGAGGCGGCGGCGGAGGCUGAAGCGGCGCUGGUGGAGUCAAAGCAGGCGGCGGCGACGGCAGCAGGGGUGCAAGCCAUGGCGGUCACCGUUGUGCGGGACGUCGAGACGGGCCCUGACGCGAGCACCAGCGACCGGGGCGGUGGCGGAGGAGCUGGGGAGAAGCCAUCCUGGUUCACACCUAAGAGAUUACUUGUCGUGUUCUGCAUCAUAAACAUGCUAAAUUAUGUUGAUCGAGGAGCAAUAGCAAGUAAUGGUGUCAAUGGUAACCGCAAAAAUUGUUCUAGUGGCACAUGCAUCUCAGGCUCUGGAAUUCAGGGGGACUUCAAUCUUAAUAAUUUUGAAGAUGGUGUGUUGUCCUCAGCAUUUAUGGUUGGGCUGUUGGUGGCUUCACCGAUAUUUGCAUCCCUGGCAAAAAUACACAAUCCUUUUAGGCUUAUUGGUGUCGGAUUGUUAGUGUGGACUAUCGCAACAGCUGGUUGUGGGUGCUCGUUUGAUUUCUGGUCAAUUACUAUAUGCCGCAUGUUAGUUGGUGUUGGUGAAGCUUCGUUUAUAAGUCUUGCAGCACCAUUCAUUGAUGACAAUGCACCAGCAGCUCAGAAAACAGCAUGGCUUGCUAUGUUCUACAUGUGUAUACCAACUGGGAUAGCAUUAGGCUAUGUUUAUGGCGGGCUGGUUGGAAAUAAUCUGCACUGGCGUGCUGCUUUCUGGGGAGAGUCAAUUUUGAUGGUUCCUUUUGUUAUUCUAGGCUUUGUUAUAAAGCCACUAGACCUCAAAGGAUUUGCUCACAACACAACAAAAGAGUAUGGCCCGAUGCUUAAUCCAGAGCUUCAAGAUAAGACAAAUAAUAACGGGACAAAGCAUGGUGGCAUUGGGGAUCUUGCAGAAAAGCUUCCGCAAAAGUUUUCCUUCUCCAGUUUUGGCAAGAGAGUGAUGUCUGAAAUUGGUCAUUUUGGCAAAGAUAUGAAAGAACUGCUACAAGAGAAGGUCUAUGUCGUCAAUGUCUUAGGUUACAUCUCCUACAACUUUGUCAUUGGUGCUUAUUCCUACUGGGGCCCAAAGGCGGGCCAAGAUAUCUACAAUAUGGCAAGCGCGGAUUUAAUGUUUGGUGGAAUAACUAUAGUGUGUGGAAUCUUCGGAACUCUAGCAGGAGGUUUCAUCCUUGACAAGAUAGACUCUACAAUAUCUAAUGCUUUCAAGCUUCUUUCCGGCGCAACAUUUCUAGGGGCGAUAUUCUGUUUUGGUGCCUUUUGUUUCAAGAGCCUUUAUGGAUUCAUACCCUUCUUUUCAGUUGGGGAGCUUUUGGUUUUUGCAACUCAGGCACCAGUAAAUUAUGUAUGCCUUCAUUGUGUGAAGCCAAGCCUGCGGCCAUUAUCAAUGGCCAUGUCCACUGUUGCAAUUCAUAUAUUUGGUGAUGUGCCUUCUUCACCUCUUGUUGGGCUUCUUCAGGAUAAAAUCAAUAACUGGAGGGCGACAGCUCUUACAUUGACAUCCAUCCUAUUCAUUGCAGCUGUAUUUUGGUUUAUUGGGAUAUUUGUCCGUAGCGUUGAUCGUUUCAACGAACAGAGCGAGCAUGGCCUUAUUGCCUCCGAGAGAUCAAACCUCAGGCCACUGCUUGACGGAAACGACGAGGCACGGGCAUCUGAAUAAUCCGUGCAAGUCGUCAUGUACGAUUUUUUCCUUCUUGCGGGGUAAUCUUAGCUGGAUUAUCUCCCUUGCGCCAUCAAGACGUGAAAUGUAAAUUUGCAUGUGGCGUUGGCUGUAUCUGUACAUAUAGGUCUUUUGCUUUGCGAGCUUUUUGACUUCUGUGUACAGAUUACAAAAGCAGGAAAAAGAAUGUCAGAAUUUCUUUUACGAAUGUAAAACAUUUCACAUG